UACUCUUAACUACUACUAGUGGAAAUCCAAUCACAAAAGCUUUCCUUUUUUGUUAGAAGUCACAUAAAUUUCUCAAUUAAAAGCUCACAUAAGCUAGAAGUUAAUCCAAACUGGGCCUUACUUUGGGGAAUAACUUUGUUCUAUUUUUGCUGUUUGUUGUGUAUCUAUUCUUCCACCACAUGAAAUUCAGGCUGAAGAUGGUUAGGCUGAUUAUAUUGCAAGAAUCGUUGAGAUGUUUGAAACGGUUGAUGAUGAGAAGUAUUUCACGGCCCAAUGGUUCUACUGAGCUGAAGACACAGUCAUCAAAGACCACGGUGAUCUGGUUGACAAGAAACGGGUGUUUGUAUCUGAUGUCAAAGAUGAAAACCAGCUUGAUUGUCUUGUUUCCAAAUUAAAAAUUGCUCAAAUCACUCGCACGGUGGAUGCCAAGAAGAAAAUCCCUUCUUGUGAUUUCUAUUAUGACAUGAAGUACACAGUGCCAUACUUGACUUUUUCAAACAUUGUGAGCGAAACAACCAGAAUAGGAAAUGAUUCAUCUUCCACAGUUUCAACUGAGUCAGGAUUUAAUGCUUGUGUCAAUGAUAUUGACAAGGCUAAUGAAGGGACCUGUCAAAAUAACAGGUCCGAUUUGUCCGAGUGGACGUUGUUAGACUUGUAUUCUGGAUGUGGAGCUAUGUCCACUGGUCUUUGCUUGGGUGCAUCUAUAUCUGGCAUCAAACUUGUCACGAGGUGGGCUGUUGAUAUAAAUGAACACGCAUGUAAAAGUCUGAAAUUAAACCACCCAGAAACUCAGGUCAGGAAUGAACAGGCAGAAUAUUUUUUGAAUCUACUGAAAGCUUGGGCUAAGCUUUGUGAGGAGUUUUCACUAUUAGGAACAGAUAGGCCAGAUCCUGGCUUAGAUAUGGAUGAGGAUGAAGCUGAGGAUAGAGUUGAUGGUAUGAAUAUUGAAGCUUCAGAAGAUCUAUCUGAUUCAGAGGAAUUUGAGGUGGAAAGGUUGCUAGCGGUUUGCUAUGGUGACCCAAACGAAGUUAAAAAACCAGGACUAUACUUCAAAGUAAGUUAGCUUCCACUCUAGCACGAUAAUUAAUUGGUUUGUUUGAAGUUGUAACUUUGAUAUUUUCACACCUCAAAUUUUAAAUCUACCCUACACUUCUCUGGAUCCCUCUCUCAUUUUCUCAUCAUUUCAUCGAUCAUAUCCCACAUUUUUUCAUUCCUAUCACUCUUGGAGUUGCCAAUAUUUUUUGUUGUUGUUCAGGUUAUUAUUAGGAUUGGCUUAGUUUUGUCAGUGUUCUUUGUGCUUUGCGUGGAACACAUUUGGAUUUUAAACAAACAGUUCAACACUUUGGUGAUGGCCUACUCUAUGUUCAAUUUAAAAACAAUUUAUAUAAUGAUCUAUGCUUGGAAUUGUGUUUAUUUGUUGAUGAUUGGCCGGUCGCUAUGUCAUAUGUUGCCCAGAAAGGUUUAGAUUUCUUAUAAGAGGUAUGAAAAUUUAAAAAGUCUUUCUUCAAGAGUCAGUGAUACUAGAAA